GCGGGAAUCACCGAUGGUGGCCGGAUGCUCAAGGGUUAGGGCCGAAAUGCUCACCACCAGACAAAGAGCCUGCUGUAAGAGGGUGGUUACACUGGCAGGCAGACGCUGCACCUUGCCGCUAAGGACGGGAAGUCAGUUUGCAUGCCUUCCCAAAACGGCAUUGGAGCUUUGUUGCUGCCUCCAAACUUUCAGCUGUAGCACUCUCCAACUGUCUCCCCACUUCUUCCUUUCUUUCCCCAAAACCUUCCUUCCAUCUCGCACUGAGCACAGCAGCCCGAGUGAUCGCAAGAGUCACACCAUCACACUCAAAUCACAAGACGAACAAUUGACAAUGGCCCCUUCUCAGCUUUCCGCUCUGCAGUAUGCUGCCCACGCCUUUGCCACCAUCUUCACCGGCUUUGGCAUCAACGCUAUCCUCCGCCCGCAACAUGCCCUCACCUUCUUCGAGUUCGCUCCCCCGGCGUCCGCUGCCGAUGCCAAGAUGGUGGACAGCUUGAUGGCCGUGUAUGGUGCGCGCGACAUUUUCAUGGGAGUGGCCAUCUACGCUGCUGCCCUCUUCGGCACAAAGAAGUCGCUUGGCUGGACCCUCGUUGCCGCUAGUGGUGUUGCCGUGGUUGACGGCAUUGUGUGCUGGAGUCACGGGCAGGGAGAGUGGAACCACUGGGGGUAUGCGCCCAUGAUCACCGCCGUUGGUGCCGUACUACUGGGUAUUUUGGACGGUGCCCCCGCGCCGAAGCGGAACUAA